AUGUCCCAAACGACCAGCCGACCCAAGAGAAAGGCAACAAUAAAUAAAUCAUAUAACGACUCCUUGGAACUGCAGCUAGAUUACGAACUGUCAACAUCCUCAGUCUUAUCAACCAAUUCAAGUGCAACUUCAACGCCAAAAUCUACUUCUAGUAAUAAGAGAAAGAAGACGAAUCCGCUUACAAAGAAGCAACAGCAGGUUCAAGAGAGUCCUUUUUCACAAAGCCACAGCGAUAGCCCUGUCUCUGAGAUUCCUUACAAUUGGCAACCAACGCCAUCACAAAAUGACUACUUUUCGAAUAAACUUGAUCUAACAGACUCGUACAUUGACUUGAAAAUGCAGACACUAUACUGUCCUCAUCAAAAUGCAACAACGACUACUACUAAAAGGGGAAAAAAUAGUCGUCCGUUCACACUAUCAAAAGGUCAAUGUAUUUACAUGAUUAGCGAACCACCGGGGGAGCCUUACUACAUUGGGAGGAUAAGAGGUUUCACCAACAACAGACAUCACAAGUAUAAUGACACCGGGUCCAUGUCAAAUGACGAGGGUGAAAGCAUAGUGCCUUCCAAAGGUUACCAGUUUCUAGUGCAAUGGUUUUUUAGACCAAGAGAUGUUUCAAAGGCGUCGUCAGAUUCACGGUUGUUGUAUGCUACGAUGGACUCUGACACUUGUCCGUUACCAAGCUUUCGUGGUAUUGUCAAUGUUGAGCUAAAGCAAGAUAUAGAAGACAAUUAUAGCGGUCAAGUUACAAAUAAGGGAAGAACUCAAUCAAAGUCACAGACUCCAACAGGCGGGCUAUCUCCAAUAGAGUCAUAUGUACAAACUCCAAACUGUUUCUACUUUGACCGAUUGUAUGACCGGUACAUGAUACGAUCUUAUGAUGUUUUGCUGACAAAGAACCUUCUACAGUAUGCACAAGUAGAAAAUAGCAAGUCAAGGAAUUUUUUAAUUGCAUUGAACAAGCGGUUCCAAUACAUCUUUUGUGAAACUCAUCGAACCAAAUCAUUAAUAAACUCAUUCAAAGCCAACACGUGUAAUUGUGACGUUUGUGGGCUAUGGUGCGAUGGAGCAGACUCGAUUAAUUGCGUCGAGUGUGAUAAAUAUUUCCAUAUGUUUUGCUUGGAUCCGCCAUUACAAAAGAAGCCAAGUCGUGGAUUUUCGUGGUCCUGUGCUGUAUGCACCAAGAAGCACGAGAUUGAGUACCACCAAAAGAAGAUAUUAAUGCUCCUGCAUGACAACAAGUCAUCAAAUCAAGAAUCUCUAGAAGAAGAGUUGAGCGCAUUGGGUUCGUUAGAGGCUGAAGUGAAAGAUUUGAGCAAAAACCAAAUCGUUGAAACCAAUAAUGUAAAUUCAGUACUUCCGCGGUACGAAACCAUGGCAAAAGAGUUCUUGGAUAAUGAUGCCAAUAUGACCCUUGAGGAAAGAAGGAUCAAGGAGGAAUGGUGCAUGAGGUACCUUGGAAUGAAUGCAAAAUUGGAAGAGGCUGUGGACUUGGAUGACAAAUCACCGUAUCCACGUGCAUCUACUAGAGUAGGAACUAAGCAUCAAGCGGUCUACAUUCCCGAAUGCAAUGGACAUCCAAUAGUCUAUUACGAUGUGGAAAAAUCACCAAGGAAGAAGCAGCAACCGAAUAACAAGUCCAAGAGUAAAGAUAAGCAGGAUGAGCCACGCAAAUUGAUGCUCCCCAAGGAAUAUCAGGAUCUCGACCCAAAGGAGUAUCCAUGUUGGCUACAGCCCCGACCUAAAGGGUAUAUCGAACGGGGUGUUGACGACGGAUCUGGUGUUACAUGUACAUUACUUUGGAAGUCGUCGGAAAAAGACAUUGCUGAUAAUUUCAAACAGCUCGACGCUUUUGUAGCAAAAUGCGCACCAGUUGCGGAGUUAUUAGGACUUUGGCCUAACUCGCCCAACUUUUGUGACGCUGUGGCUUAUCUGUAUAUGAUUCACAACGGAGAUGUCAAUAAAGCAUUUGCAGAUGUGCAGAAGCUAGACAAGAAGAAGCUCAAAGAACCUGUAUUUAAUAGAGAGGAAGUGAAGCGGUUUGAAGCAGGGGUAAAGGAGUUUGGUAGCGAAUUGUACUAUGUGCAAAAGAAAGUAAAGACUCAGCCUUUGCAUCAAGUAGUGCGGUUUUACUACCUUUGGAAAAAGACAAAGAAUGGUCGACAAAUUUGGGGAAAUUUUGAAGGUCGAACAAAAAAGCAGCCUAACCCUAUUAAGUUAGAGCAGAGUGACAAAAAGCCAGAACAUGUCAUAAUCGACGAUUUGGCGAACCCCGAUGAUGACUCAUCUUAUGAAAAUGGAAAGAUUCAAGACAAGAGAUCGCAAUUUGUUUGCAAACAUUGUGAGACGACGUCGUCGAUACAGUGGUUUCGGAUAACAGGCCAUGAUGCAAAGAAGCCUAAUGAAGCAGGAUAUGUUGUGGCAUUGUGCUUUCGGUGUGCCAGGUUGUGGAGAAGAUAUGCUGUGGUUUGGGAGAGCCCCGAAGAGGUUCUAAAGAAGGUUUCUAAAUCCAGUGGAUGGAGAAAAGGUGUUGAUAAUGAACUCUUGAAUGAUGCCAAUGCUAUAUUGCAUUAUGCAGAUAUCUCCAAUUCGGGUAUUUCUCAAGAGGUGAAGAACAUAAAGCCAUUAGAUAUUGAUCUCAAACAGGAACCAAUGGCUGAGAAGAAGAUCGAAUCUAAACGAAAGCCCAACACUUCAUUACCUAAUUCAACACCAAAAGCAAUUAAAGAAGAGCACCCGAAGCUGGAAAAGAAAGAGCCAAAGAUUCAAAAACAGGAUGUCAAGCCACUGCAAAGUAUCGACGAACUAAUUAGUAAGGGCUUGGGGGCAUCAGCCAGAAACAUACUCUUUAAUCAAAAUUAUUCCAUUCCAAGGUCAAUUAAAGUACCCAAGAAGGUGAGCGCAGAUGAGGCUGCGACUAAACUCGGGCCAUUCAUUAACCAUUACCGAGAAGUGCAAUUAGCCGAUGUUUACACUACACUUUUACCACUCCAGACACCACAUUUGACAUCAAUAGAGUUGCCAUUUAAACCACAAGAAAGAAAAUGUUGUGUAUGCAGGGAACACGACACGGCAAGAUCAUCACUCCUGGAGACGUUGAUCUGUGCCAAUUGUGGAGUCAACGUUCAUGCAUCUUGUGCCGGCUACUCGUUACCGGAGAAGUCGAAACCAAUAAAGGGAUGGUUAUGUGAACCUUGCACCAAUGAUAUGAAACCUAUACACAGUGCUAUAUAUUCAUGCUCUUUAUGCUUGGCUCACGAGACUAAUUUUGAAUUGUGUCUCCUUGGAUCACCUCGUGUUAGACCCGAUUUCUUGAAGCCAACUACUGAUGGAAGAUGGUGCCAUUUGUUAUGCGCCAUAUUCAAUAGCGAGUAUGCUGUUUUUAAGAAAAGCAAAGGUGCGGUUGCACAUAGUUUUUUAUCGCUCGACGAUGUAACAAAAGUUUACUUGAAUAAUUGCAGAUUGGAGUGUGGUAUUUGCCGGUCAUACAAUGGAGCGUUGGUACGUUGCGACCUCUGUGAGACUCCAACGUACUACCAUCCUACGUGUGCACAAGAUACACCGAAUUACAAGUUAGGAUUCAAGUUGGACAAUGGAGUGAAAUCGUCUCAGAACGUCAAAGUUGAUGAAAAGGUAGGUAAAUUAAGAUCGAUUUUGGUCUGUCCCAAACAUGAUCAAUCAAAAGACACCAUUCUCAAUUUUCGGACCUUGGGAAGAAGGGUUGCUGGUAGGGAUUCUGAGAGCAAGCCGAUUAUUCAGCUAUUUCUCGAGGAUAUAGUGAAGCUGAACCAACCGAAAUCUAGUGGGCCGCACGCCAAAGCAUUAAGCUACGUUGAGCAUAGAAACUUGUACUUUGGCACAUCGAGCAGUGCCGAUAAGAAUCUCAAGAGCAACGGGGACAAAAAGAUGUGUCUCCAUUGUUCAACAGACAUGUCGCCAAUAUGGUGGCCAGCAAAUGCGAAAGACUCGACUCAAGUUCUUUGCCAGUCUUGUCAUCAUGGUGGCUCGGACGUAAGCAGCUCUACUAAACUAUUGGAAUUGUCAAAACCAGUGAAUGGAGAAUUGUACGCCAUUAGGGAUCGAAAUGACUCCAUAAAAAACGUCUACCAUUCAAAGCCUAUAAGUGAAACUUCCUUGGUAACACAAGUUGAAACUACUAGAUCAAAAAUAUCACUUGGUGAUAUACUUUUAUAA